AUUUCUAUUUUCCCCGCUUAAAGCGCCAUAACCGCCGACGCGCCAUUUUGAAGGGGAAAAUAAUAUUAUCAUCGUAACGGAAGCCUUUAAACAUGGUUUCCUAUAGGAUUUUUAUAGUUUUAGCAGUAAUUUUAAAAGAUUCAGGCCUUAACGAAGCAGCAUCUCUACUGCUGAAUGAAAAGUCUACUCCAUCUUCCGAGCUGAACGUUGGCGAUGAAAUAAAUAUAUUCUGCGAAGCGAAAGGCGCCGAUGCUAGUAUUUCCAUACGUAAACUGACUAGAGAUAAAGAAGAUAUUCUUAUGAAAGGUCAAGUAGGUCUGAAAAAGGAUUGCCAACGUUUUAAAACCUCUUUUGAAGUAUCUCAAGAUGUUGCCUAUUUCUCAUUGCAAAUAACUAAUGCUCAACCGGAAGAUAGUGGCAAUUAUUAUUGUUCGUGGCAAAAAGGUGGCAUUAAAACCGAAUUUCGUAAUUAUACUGUACCUGGUAAAUUGGUAUCGGCUGAAAUUGUUGAAAGAAUCCAACUGCAGCAGGAUAGUAAUGCUACGUAUAAUACAUUAACUGCUGUUAAAGUUAAUGAAAGCGAUCAGGGUAUUAGUAUUGGAUGUCGUGUCUUUGCAGAGAAAACGCUAGUUAUGCCAUCCGUACGUAUUUUCUCAGAAAAUGAGGAUGUGACUAGCUUUUUUAUAGUAGAUGAUUCAAAAACUCAAGAUGAAGCUUUUGAAUGGUUUGAAACAAGCUGCGCUAGAACUGCCAAUGUCUAUGUAACAUUGCUCAGACAGGUCACCAAGACUUUUCGUCAUUUUCACGGUAAAGAUUUACGAUGUGUUGCCGAAUUGGGAAAGAAUAAACUAGAAGCUUCUGCCCAAGUUAAUGUGAUAUAUAAGCCCGUCUUAACGUGUGAGAGGAGCAGAGUGUCUCUGGAAGCUAAUAAGAUGGUUACAUUCAAUUGCACAGCAAGCGGAAAUCCAAAACCGAAAUUGUAUUGGACAAGAGGAGUAGUUGGACAAGAAGAAAUACUCGACGAUACAGACGAGAAGAAUGGAUUAAAAUCCGAACUAAUCGCGUCUAAUAGGUAUUCCGUCCAGGGAACGUUGACUGCUAGAGUUACUCCUGAAAAUGUUGCAAAAAUCUUUUACGUUAUGGCCAAUAGCACAAUAGGAUAUGCAUCUAGAAGAUUAGUUAUCUCCGAAGCCGCAGCAGGAGGCCAAGAUGGACUAUUACCGAAUAUAGUACUUUCGCUUUCCAUCAGUUCGUUGUACUAUCUUCUCUUUCAUUGUCGACUGUUCAGUUGGGAGAUGAUGUUAAAUUGAUAGAAAGAAAGAGAAUUGAAAGAGAAACAGAUAUAAUUAUAUACUGAGAAAAAACAAGACUUUCAUUGUUGGAAUAUUUGUGAUCAGACUAAAAAAUUUAUAUCUCCUUUUUUCGUUGUCUCUGUUUCUCUCAGACAUUUGCAAAGCAGCAAACUAAGAUUUUUUUAAAACUUUGGGAUUUUUAUUUUUUGCUUAUCCUUAAUUCUUUAGUAUGUUUAUUUCAGUCUCUUCUACACUAUGAAAAAAAUGAAGUAUUCUUGCUACACUUUAUUAUAACUGCUAUUUGUACUUGUAUUCGAUGAAUCCUGCUUAAUCAAAUGAUUAACCUAUGCCAUUUCAAGUCUAUCAACUAAAGAUUAACGGCUCUAAGCAAUAUUAUUACAAUGUUCUCUAUCUUCCAUACCAUUCGAAUGUCUUUUUCUCUACCUUCAUUUUCACAUUUUCAAUCAUUGUUUCUAAUUUACAUUCUUACCUAAGUCAUCCGAUGACGAUCGAGGUAAAAGCCUAAAACUAGCUGUCUCCCUUAUAAGGAAAAGCAAAAAAUUACUAUUGCAGGGAAUGCACAUCACCAAUCAUAAGAGAGCACAAAAACUAAUGGAAACUAACGGUAUGCGUUUUAGAAAACAUGACAAACAAACACACACCACACACACAUAUUCACACUUGCUUUUACUGAUUUUUCUUCUUAUGACAAUAUGGAUAUAUAAGAAGAAAGAAUAGGAAAAAACAAAGUAAUAUUUUCUAUUAAACAGAGUUGUAAAUUCCUCUUUUAUUCUUGAAUUCUUGAGCGUCAUGAUAUUUUGGUGAAAUUUUUUGUUUUUUCUUGUUUUUUUUUAAAAAAAAUUAUAUGAUGUUAUCAUGUCGUUUACCUUCUUUUCAUUUUGUUUUGAAGAAUCGUUAUCAUUAUCAAGUUUAUGCGUGAUAUAUCCAUUAUAAAUGUUUUAAAAUCACUUAAAA